CAGCCACUAUUGACUGCAUCAGCCCACAAACAUGGGCAACUGGAUCAUAAACCAUGGACUGUCCGCUUUCAUACUGAUUGUAUGGAUGGGGAUCAAUAUAUUCCUGUUUGUGUACUAUUACCUGUUAUAUAACACUGAUGAGUCAUUUUUCUAUACACGCCACAUUCUAUCGGCAGCGCUGCCCUGGGCGCGCGCUCCCGCCGCUGUCCUCAACUUCAACUGCAUGCUGAUCCUGCUGCCUGUGUGCCGCAACCUACUCUCUCUGAUUCGGGGUUCGUUCAUGUGUUGCGGAAGAUCUCUAAGAAAAUCGCUGGACAAAAACAUUACGUUCCAUAAGUGUGUGGCGUACAUGAUCGCAUUAAUGACAGCUGUGCACACUAUUGCUCAUUUGCUAAACCUGGAGUGGUUCAAUAAUAGCCGGGAUGGAGAGUAUGACACUCUGAGCACGACACUGUCGGAUCUUGAAGACUCGGAAAAUGAGACCUACCUCAAUCCCAUCCGCUCAACCUCCACUACACCAACCUACGUAGCAUUUACUACCAUCGCUGGGCUCACGGGAGUCGUCAUUACCCUGGCACUCAUCCUCAUGAUCACCUCAUCCAUGGAGGUCAUCCGGCGUAGCUACUUUGAGGUCUUCUGGUACACCCACCAUCUCUUCAUCGUUUUCUUUGUAGGGCUGGUCUUCCAUGGAGCUGGGCGUAUCGUACGACAUUUAGAUACUACUGAUCCACCACACAACAUUUCCUUCUGCAAAGAUCAGCCUCUGAACUGGGGCAACAUUCCGGAAUGUCCCAUUCCUCAGUUUGAGGGGGGGUUUCCUCAGACUUGGAAGUGGGUAUUAGGGCCUAUGAUUCUAUACCUUUGCGAGCGCGUCCUGCGCUUCAUCCGCUACAUGCAGCCUGUAAUGUACAGGAAAAUCGUAAUGCGUCCAUCCAAAGUGCUGGAACUGCAACUAGUGAAGAACGGCUUCAAGAUGGAAGUGGGCCAGUAUGUUUUCCUCAACUGCCCAGCCGUCUCACAGCUGGAGUGGCACCCAUUCACUCUGACUUCCGCUCCGGAAGAGGAUUUCUUCAGCGUGCACAUCCGCUCUAUGGGGGACUGGACUGCGAAUCUUAUCAGUGUGCUAGAGAAACUACCAGAAGGGAGCCAAGGACCCAAAAUGGCAGUGGAUGGGCCAUUUGGCACUGCCAGUGAAGAUGUGUUUGAUUAUGAGGUCAGCAUGCUGAUUGGCUGCGGAAUUGGCGUCACACCCUUUGCGUCCAUCUUGAAAUCCAUUUGGUACAAGUUCAAGGAAUCAAAUCCAAAUCUGCGCACAAGAAAGAUAUACUUCUACUGGCUCUGCAGGGAAACACAUGCAUUCGAAUGGUUUGCAGACCUCUUGCAAGUGUUGGAGAAGGAAAUGACAGAGCGAGAGAUGAGACACUUCCUCACAUACAACCUGUACCUCACUGGAUGGGACUCCAGCCAUGCUGCACACGUCACGGUUCAUUUUGACAAAGACACAGACGUAAUCACAGGUUUGAAACAGAAAACACACUAUGGCAGACCAAACUGGGACAAGGUAUUCGAACAAAUCUGCAACGAAAAUCCUUCGUCAACCGUAGGCACAUUCUUAUGUGGCCCUGAGGAAUUGGCCAAGAGGUUGGAGAGAAAAUGUGUGGAGUAUUCAGAUGUGGACCCUCGAAAAACAAGGUUUUACUUCAACAAAGAGAACUUCUAAAGACACUCCAAGGCUUUAUUUUUAAGUCUUUGUUUUAAGAAAUGGAAGCUGUUGUUACGUUUUUGUCUAGGUGAAUUUGUGCAUUUGCUUGCUUCCCUUGAGGCGAACAUAGUGCAUCAAUGGCAGUUUUAUAAUUUUUUACACGAGUGAAUUUUACUUUGUCUUUUUCACAAAACAUUCUGUUCUUUUCUACAAAACAC